AUGGCCCGCUGGCCGCUGUGCUCCUUCCUGCUGAGUCUGGUUCUGAUGACCCGGGCUCUGGAGCAGGAGGAGCUGCUCCUCUUCGGAGCUGCAGCCGGAGACCAGGAGGUGCCGCCCGGCUCCGACUCCACCGCGAAGCUGCGUCUGGACGGAGAAGUUCUGUUCUUCAAGAAGAGUUACAGUCAGGAUCUCUAUAUCAACACGAACGGCUUUGUGUCGGGGGUGGAGCCUCCAGCCGAGAGCGUGUACCUGGGCAAGAUGCCCGCCAGCUUCCCCAUGAUCGCCGCCCUGCUGGGCGACCUGGACAACAGCGACGGACGAGGGUCGGUCUUCUACCGGCAGGACAGAAGCCCGGCGGUGCUGAGGCGAGCCGCCGAGCACAUCACACGAGCUUUCCCCAGAGAAGAAGGAGUCCAGCCCCUGAACGUCCUGGUGGUCACCUGGGUGGACAUGGCUGCCCGGGGGACAUCAGGUCCCGGAGACGGACUGGACACUAAGAGAAACACGUUCCAGCUGGUUGUGGCCUCCAUGAAGUCCUCGUCCUUUGCCAUCGUCUUGUAUCCGGCCGGCGGCCUGCAGUUCCUCUCCACGCCUGUUGGGGGUGAGAAUCAGCUCCUGGAGGCCGGCUUCAACGAAGGCAUGGUGCAGGGCUGGUUCCAGAACGGCCAGGGGACGUACUACCAGACCACCUCAGACCAGGAGUUCUCCGUCAGGGAACUAACCGAAAAAACUAAUUCCGGACGCAAAGGAGUUUGGGUUUAUGAGAUUGGUCCUUCGCGGCUCUUUGUCUCCAUCAUACCAGGACUUGUCCCUGGACUUCCUGAGGACAAAGGUCCAACUGCACCUCCUGUGACACUGUUGCCAGGACAACCCGAUGAGCAACCGGAGGCGGACCUUUCCACUUACACAACCCAGACGAUGAUGUCCAGUGAAGCAGCAGAAGAGGAGGAGCUUCUCACUGAGAGCACCACCGGGUCUCAAACUGGUUCCACAGAGGCUGAAGGCAUCACACCAGGGUUCGUCCAACCAGAACAUGAAGAGCAGUUUCCAGAGUCCGAGACGGUCCCAUACAACAGUCCUGAGAGGGUUCCUCCAAGUUCCCCCGAGCAUCCGGAACCAGUCCAACCAGUGCCCCCCCACCCCCAGCCCCAGCACCCCCAGGUGGUUGUGGUGGACGAGGACCACGAUCUGGAUGUAAAUGUGUUUUCCUACAAUCUGGAAACUUGUGAGCACAACCGACACAAAUGCUCUAAUUUUGCGGAUUGUCGGGAUUACAGUCACGGGUUCUGCUGCCACUGCAGGCCCGGUUACUACGGCAACGGGAAGGACUGCGUCGCAGAAGGUAAACCUCAGAGAAUGAGCGGGAAGGUCAGCGGUCGCGUGCUCGUCGGGAACUCGCCGGUGGAGUUCAGGAACAACGACCUGCACUCGUACGUGGUGGCCAAUGAUGGGCGGGCCUACGUGGCCAUCAGCAGCAUCCCCCCCGACCUGGGGCCGUCCCUGCAGCCGCUGUCGUCCCUGGGCGGAGUCAUCGGCUGGGCCUUCGCCCUGGAGCAGCCGGGCUUCCACAACGGCUUCAGGCUGAUCGGUGGCGUGUUCUCCCGCCAGGCGGAGGUGAUCUUCCAGCCGGGGAACGAGCGUCUGAGCAUCACGCAGCAGUUCCAAGGUCUCGACGCUCACCAGCACCUGGUGGUGAGCACGCAGCUGGAGGGCCGCCUCCCCCCCGUCCCCCCGGGCGCCACUGUGCAGAUCCACCCGUACCAGGAGGUCUACCAGUACGACACCAACCUGAUCAGCUCCUCCUCCAACCGCGGCUACGCCAUCACCUCCCCCGACGGCAGCGUCCAGACCCGGAGCUACCAGUGGCGUCAGACCAUCACCUUCCAGAGCUGCCCUCACCACCAGGGGGCCGGGGCCCCCCCCCCCACCCAGCAGCUCAGCGUGGACCAGAUCUUCGUGAUGUUUGACGCCGACAACAAUCUGACGCGCUUCGCCACGAGCAACAAGAUCGGCUCCGUCCACGCCGGACCCCCGGAGGAGAAUCCGUGUUUCACCGGCCGACACGGCUGCGACAUCAACGCCGCGUGCCGAGCAGGCCACGCCCUCCGCUUCACCUGCGAAUGUGCCGCCGGCUUCACCGGAGACGGACGCUACUGCCACGAUGUUGACGAGUGCAGCGAGACGCCGUGGAUCUGUGGCUCCGCCUCCGUCUGCAGCAACCAGCCCGGAAGCUUCCGCUGUGAGUGCGUCACCGGGUUCGUGCUCGCCAGCGAUGGGACGACCUGCAUCGAGGAGAGCGUGGAUCCCUGUCAGACAGGAAGUCACGGCUGCGAUGUGUCGGGCCGCGCCUCCUGCAGCUACACCGGAGGCUCCUCCUACGCCUGCUCGUGUCUCCCGGGUUUCCAUGGCGACGGGCGCUCGUGUCACGACGAGGACGAGUGCCGGCUGGACCGUUGCCACGGCGACGCCUUGUGCUCCAACACGCCGGGCUCCUUCACCUGCCAGUGCCGGCCUGGUUUCCAUGGUGAUGGGUUCCAAUGCAGGCCCACAUCCUCAGAGCGAGAGAAGACGCAGUGCGAGCAUCAGAGAGAAAGCGCUCAGGCCUCCUCCUCCUCCUCCUCCUCCUCCGGCUUCUUCUCCUUCUUCCGCCCUCGCCCGGCCCUCGGUCAGUUCGUGCCCCAGUGCGACGAGCACGGAGCCUUCGAGGCGUCCCAGUGUCACGCCAGCAUCAGACAGUGUUGGUGUGUGGACGCCGCGGGUCAGGAGAUCCCCGACACCCGGACCGGGGCCAGCAGCGCUCCUCUGUGUAUUAACCACGCAGUGACUCCUCCCCCUCUGGGUCCCACGCCGCGGCCUGACGUGCAGCCCGUCGCUCCGGGGACACACCUCCUGUUCGCUCAGAGCGGGAGAAUCGAACUGCUUCCUCUGGACGGAUACAGCAUGAAGACAGAGGACGCCAAACCUCUGCUGCACGUCCCCGACCGGGUGGUGAUCGCCAUCGCCUACGACUGCGUGGACAAGAUGGUUUAUUGGACAGACAUCACGGGGCCUGCAAUCAGCCGGGCCAGUCUGAGCGGCGGAGACGUCACCCCAGUGGUCACCGCAGAGCUGCAGAGUCCUGAGGGCGUGGCCGUGGACCACGUGUCCCGCCUCCUCUUCUGGACGGACUCCAUGAGGGACACGGUGGAGGUGUCCCAGCUGGACGGCAGCCAGAGACGAGUCCUGUUCGAUUCCGACCUCGUUAACCCCCGAGCCAUCGUCACCAACCCGCCGUACGGGCGUCUCUACUGGGCCGACUGGGACAGAGACGGACCUAAGAUCGAGAUGUCCAACAUGGACGGGACGGAGCGCAGCGUCCUGGUGAAAGACGACCUGGGACUUCCCAACGGUUUGACCUUUGACCUGGACACCCAGCAGCUGUGUUGGGCCGACGCCGGGACUCAUAAGGUCGAGUGCAUGGAUCCUCAUCGACGAAUCAGGAGACAGAUCGUGGACAGGAUUCAGUUUCCAUUCUCUCUGGUGUCCUUAGGACGGAAGCUUUACUACACCGACUGGAGGAGGGAGGCCGUGGUCGCCGUGGAUCGUCUCUCGGAGACAGAGACGGACGAGUUCCUGCCACAGAGACGCUCGCGCCCGUACGGCAUCGCCACGGCAACCACACAGUGUCCACAAGUUUAUAAUUACUGCAUCAACAACGGCGGCUGCUCCCACCUGUGUCUGCCGCGGCUCGGCGGCUUCAGCUGCCGCUGCCCGGACGCCGCCUCCGACCGCUGUGAGGACAGGAAGUCGUGA